AACAAACCGCAGUAUGCGGAAAUGGGGGAGGAGGAUUUAUCAGCGUGUUUCUUGUUGUUUCGUUCAUGUCGGUUGUUGAUACAAUUCGAGCGACUGUCUUGCGCAAUUCGUCGAUCUGGCAUCGCCAUGUCUAUAUAAACACUCUUUCAUCUCACUCAAUCCUCUCACUUAUACCACAUCAACCUCUUUCUCAUUAACCCAUACUCUCAACCACUCCACUAAUAAACAACUUCACUCAAUCUCCUCUCCCCAAAAAAGAAAGAAAAGAAACAUCAUGGCUCCCCCCUUCUUCGCCAUCGUCUCCGGCGUCGGCUCCGGCACAGGCGCCUCCAUCGCCCGCCGCUUCGCCCAGUCCUACGCCGUCGUCCUCCUCUCCCGCAAGCCCUCCUCCUACGAGUCCAUCGUGUCCGACAUUAAAGCCGCCGGCGGCACCGCAAUCGGCAUCACCGCCGACGCAGCUGACCCGGCCGCCGUAGACGCCGCAUUCGCCCAGAUCGAAAAGGAAUUGCCCGGCUCCAAGCUCGCGGCCGCCGUGUACAAUGGCGGCGCCGGUAUGGCCCGAAAGCCGUUUUUGGAGCUGAAGCUCUCCGAUCUGGAUCUUAGCCUCGAUACUGCUGCCAACGGCCUCUUCUACUUCGCCCAAAAGUCUCUCCCUCUUCUCCUCGCAGCCGUCGAUUCUUCCCCUCACCCUCCAUCUCUCCUCGUCACCGGCGCAACCGCUUCCCUCCGCGGCUCCGCCUUCUUCAGCACUUUUGCCGCUGGCAAAUUCGCCCAGCGUGCCAUCACCCAGUCUCUGGCCCGCGAAUUUGGCCCCAAGGGCGUGCAUGUCGCCCUGGCUGUCAUUGACGGUGGCAUCGACACUCCCUGGGGCAAGGACAGAGUUGUAAACAAUGGUGUAGAGGAUGGCAAGAUCAACCCUGAUGCUAUUGCCGACAGCUACUGGCACUUACACACACAGCACAGAUCAUCUUUCACGCAAGAACUGGAUAUCCGCCCAUUCGUGGAGAAAUUUUAGAUAACUAUAGCGUUUGUGAUAUCAUAAAAUAUAAAUAUAAUAAAAGACAAGUAUAAAGUCUCUCGAC